GGUGAUGACGAGUGUGUAAAAGUGGGUUAAAGGUGAAUACAGACGAGUUGCUGCACAGUGAUCAGUAAUCUGAGGUGGGAAUAAGAUGCUGCAGAACACCGGGAAGCUAGCUGGCUGCACACUCUUCAUCACCGGGGCGAGUCGAGGAAUCGGUAAAGCCAUCGCUCUGAAAGCUGCAAAAGAUGGAGCUAACGUUGUCAUCGCAGCCAAGACCGCCGAGCCCCACCCCAGGCUGCCUGGAACAAUCUACACUGCUGCAGAUGAGGUGGAGGCGGCUGGGGGAAAGGCAUUGCCGUGCAUCGUGGACAUACGAGAUGAGCAGCAGAUUGGAGCAGCUGUUCAAAAAGCUGUUGAAACGUUUGGAGGUAUUGACAUCCUGGUGAACAAUGCCAGCGCCAUCAGUUUGACAGGAACUCUGGAGACGCCGAUGAAGAAAGUCGACCUGAUGCUGGGAAUCAACCUGAGAGGAACAUACCUGACGUCUAAGAUGGUCAUCCCUCACUUGCUGAAGAGUGGCAGGCCCCACAUCUUGAACCUAUCCCCUCCCCUGAACUUGAACCCUGUCUGGUUCAAGAACCACACAGCGUACACCAUGGCCAAGUAUGGCAUGUCUAUGUGUGUCCUGGGAAUGGCAGAGGAGUUCAGAGGUCAAAUCGCCGUUAACGCUCUCUGGCCCAAAACUGCGAUCCAGACGGCUGCCAUGGAUAUGCUUGGUGGUGAUGGCAUCGGUAAACAGUGUCGUAAAGCGGACAUUAUUGCCGACGCAGCCUACGCCAUCCUGUCCAAACCAAAGGACUAUACGGGUCACUUCCUGGUGGAUGAGGAUGUUCUUAGAAUCCAUGGCAUUCAGGACUUCAACCAGUACGCCGUCCAACCAGGUCACCCCCUGCUGCCGGACUUUUUCCUAGAUGAAGCACCGGAGACACUCGUCAAACAGAUGGAGGAGCAUGGAGCAACACCAGCAUUCAAACCGCCAUCAUCGUCUCCGCCCCCUUCUGGUGGACCAAUAGAAAGCACCUUUGAUGUCAUCAGGGGAGUUAUCAAUGAGGACGUUGUCAAAUCAACACAGGGCAUCUACAGAUUUGACCUGUCGGGAGAACACAGUGGCAUUUGGUUCCUGGAUUUGAAGAGCGGUUCUGGCAGUGCAGGUGAAGGUGAGCCAUCCUCCAAAGCUGACGUUGUCAUGACGAUGGAUUCCAGUGACUUCAGCAAGAUGUUUUCAGGGAAGCUGAAGCCCACCAUGGCCUUCAUGUCGGGGAAGCUGCGGAUCAAAGGAGACAUGGCGCUUGCCCUCAAACUGGAGAAGCUGAUGAGUCGCAUGAACAAGGCCAAACUGUGAUGCUGGAGCUCCGUCCACAGCUCCCUGAAGCUCCGCCUCCUUCAUGUUUGUAGCUGUAUGCUUUGCCUUAAUAAAAAAGUAAACCGAUUUAAGUUGUAAUAAUGUUAACAUGCUGGAUGUUGGGAGUUCACCUGAGGAUAUACCUGACAGAGGAUGAACAGCUCUGACCAGUCUAAACUGGUAUGAACCAAUCUGAACCAGCCUGGAUCAGCUGGUGGUGACAGUCAGAUCAUCAGUCAUGUGUCUUUCAUUAUAAACUCUCAUUUUCAUAGUUUAAUGUGUCAAUAACAACAACAGAUGAUGUCAUUUUUGUGGUACUGUGGCAAUGACAAAUAAACAGAUCAGUUUCA